UAUAUACUGCGGGUGGGGGAGAAGGGGCGGUCAGCCGCCUACCGGCCCUGAGCACCUAGGGAUGGCCUGAGCUUGCCCAGUGUCCCAGCCUGCCGCAGCAUCAGCGGUCCCCGAGCACCCAGUGAGUUGAGCAAGUGGUAAAAUCACAAAGUAGGAAGAGACCCCUGCGGGUAUAAACUCCGCUGAGGGUGGAGCAGAGGACUUUCAAGAGAGAAAGGAAGGGAGAGAAAGAAAGAAAGGCGAGGGCUGGGGGUUGAAAAUUCCAAGGCUGAUCCUGCUAGCUGCCUACUGGAAGAAGUCUUCAGCUCGCACUCUUGAGUUCUCUGCAAGGCUGAAACUUCGCGUAGAUCCGGAAGAAGAGAUUCCGAGAGUGGGCUCGAGAAGGGCGCGGACGCGCGAGUGGGACGGGUGGGGUUUGUCCGCAGAGCGCUCAGCAUGGCAGUGCGGGGCGAGGCUGCCCAAGACCCGGCUAAGCCGGGCCUCCUCGGAGGGGCGAGUCCCGCCCGGGUGGCCAGAGAGGACCACCGCCAUGGUGGCGCGUCCUCUCCAUCCCCUCGGGGCUCCGGCUGUUGUUGGAGAGCCCUGGCUCUGCAGCCGCUCCGGCGCUCGCCGCAACUCUCCUCCGCGCUGUGCGCGGGCUCCCUGUCCGUGCUGCUGGCGCUGCUGGUGAGGCUGGUCGGCGGGGAGGUCCGAGGCGAGCUGGAGUCGAGUCAGGAGGCGGCGGCCGAGGAGGAGGAGGAGGAAGGAGCCCGAGGGGGCGUCUUCCCGGGCCCUCGGGGAGGUGCUCCCGGGGGCGGCGCGCAGCUCAGCCCUUGGCUGCAGCCGGCCGCGCUGCUCUUCAGUCUCCUGUGCGCCUUCUUCUGGAUGGGCUUGUGCCUGCUGCGCGCCGGGGUGCGCCUGCCUCUGGCCGUCGCGCUGUUGGCCGCCUGCUGCGCCGGGGAAGCGCUGGUGCAGCUCUCCUUGGGCGUAGGGGACGGUCGCCUGCUGUCGCUGCCCGCCGCGGGGGUCCUGCUCAGCUGCCUAGGUGGCGCGACAUGGCUGGUGCUGAGGCUGAGGCUGGGCGUCCUCAUGGUCGCCUUGACUAGCGUGCUCAGGACGGUGGCCCUGGUUUCUCUGGAGAGGUUCAAGGUCGCCUGGAGACCUUACCUGGCGUACUUGGCGGCCGUGCUUGGGCUGCUGCUGGCUAGGUACGCCGAGCAGAUCCUGCCGCAGUGCUCCGGGCCGGCUCCGCCCAGGGAGAGAUUUGGGUCCCAGUUAAGCGCCAGGACCAAGGAAGAGAUUCCGGGGUGGAAGAGGAGGAGGCGGUCCAGCUCGGUGGUGGCCGGCGAGAUGUCCGGCUGCAGUGGCAAGUCUCACCGGAGGACCUCCCUGCCCUGCAUACCCAGGGAGCAGCUCAUGGGCCAUUCAGAAUGGGACCACAAGAGAGGACCACGAGGAUCCCAGUCAGGAACCAGCAUCACUGUGGACAUUGCCGUGAUGGGCGAGGCCCACGGUCUCAUUACCGACCUCCUGGCUGACCCUUCUCUGCCCCCGAAUGUGUGCACAUCCUUGAGGGCCGUGAGCAACCUGCUCAGUACCCAGCUCACCUUCCAAGCCAUCCACAAGCCCAGAGUGAACCCCACUGUGACCUUCAGUGAGAACUACACCUGCUCCGACUCUGAGGAAGGCUUGGAGAAAGACAAGCUGACCAUUCCCAAGCGCCUGAGAAGAAGUUUGCCUCCAGGCUUGCUGAGAAGAGUCUCAUCCACUUGGACGACUACCACCUCUGCCACAGGUCUGCCCACUUUGGAGCCUGCGCCAGUGCGGAGGGACCGCAGUGCCAGCAUAAAGCCACAUGAAGCUCCUUCGCCCAGUGCUGUCAAUCCUGAUUCUUGGAAUGCCCCAGUGUUGAUGACUCUCCCCAAAAGCAGAUCCUUCACUUCGUCCUAUGCUGUCUCUGCAGCUAACCACGUAAAAGCUAAAAAUCAAAAUAGGCCAGGUGGCCUUGCUAAAAUCUCACCCGUUCCUUCACCCUCCUCCUCACCUCCCCAUGGAUCGCCUGCCAGCAGUCCUGUCAGCAACAAUGCUUCAGAACAGUUCCCAGAAUCCCCUGAAGUAACCAUCAAGCGAGGCCCUGGAUCUCACAGGGCCUUAACUUACACUCAAAGUGCCCCUGACCUGUCCCCUCAGAUCCCGCCCCCAUCUGUCAUAUGUAGCAGCUGUGGCAGACCUUAUUCCCAAGGGAAUCCUGCUGAUGGCCCCUCAGAGAGAAGUAGUCCAGCCAUGCAGAAACCCAUCAGAACAGAUGAUACUUCUCAAGUUACCUCUGAUUAUGAGACCAACAACAACAGCGACAGCAGCGACACCCUGCAGACUGAGGAGGAAGCCGAGUGCCAGAGAGAGCCCCCGAGGGAAGCGUCGGCUUGCGGCACCUAUACUUCCCAGACCGUGAUCUUCCUGGACAAACCAAUUCUUGCUCCAGAACCCCUGGUCAUGGAUAACCUGGACUCAAUUAUGGAUCAGUUGAACACCUGGAAUUUUCCAAUUUUUGAUUUAGUGGAAAAUAUAGGAAGAAAAUGUGGCCGUAUUCUGAGCCAGGUAUCAUACAGACUGUUUGAAGACAUGGGACUCUUUGAAGCCUUUAAAAUCCCAGUUAGGGAGUUUAUGAACUACUUUCAUGCUUUGGAGAUCGGAUACAGGGACAUUCCUUAUCAUAACAGAAUCCACGCCACCGAUGUUUUACAUGCUGUGUGGUAUCUCACGACGCAGCCGAUUCCUGGCCUCCCAAGUGUGAUUGGGGAUCAUGGCUCAGCAAGCGACUCUGAUUCGGACAGUGGAUUUACACAUGGACACAUGGGAUAUGUGUUUUCAAAAACAUACCAUGUGCCAGACGACAAAUAUGGAUGUCUGUCUGGGAACAUUCCAGCCCUAGAGUUGAUGGCUCUAUAUGUUGCCGCGGCCAUGCAUGACUACGAUCACCCAGGGAGGACAAAUGCUUUCCUCGUUGCCACUAGUGCCCCACAGGCGGUGCUAUACAAUGACCGUUCUGUUCUGGAGAAUCAUCAUGCAGCCGCAGCCUGGAAUCUCUUCAUGUCCCGGCCAGAGUAUAACUUCCUAGCUAACCUCGAUCAUGUGGAAUUUAAGCACUUCCGGUUCCUGGUCAUCGAAGCCAUUUUGGCUACUGACCUGAAGAAACACUUUGACUUUGUGGCCAAAUUUAACGCCAAGGUGAACGAUGAUGUUGGGAUAGAUUGGACCAAUGAAAACGAUCGUCUCCUGGUGUGUCAGAUGUGUAUAAAGUUGGCUGACAUCAACGGGCCUGCUAAAUGCAAAGAACUCCACCUGCGGUGGACGGAGGGCAUCGCCAGUGAGUUUUAUGAGCAGGGUGAUGAAGAAGCCAGCCUCGGUUUACCCAUAAGCCCCUUUAUGGACCGGUCUGCCCCGCAGCUGGCCAAUCUUCAGGAAUCCUUUAUCUCACACAUCGUGGGUCCUCUCUGCCAUUCCUAUGACUCCGCGGGUCUCAUGCCUGGAAAGUGGGUGGAUGACAAUGAUGAUUCCGGAGAUACUGAUGACCCAGAAGAAGAGGAGGAAGAGGCUGAAACGCCACAAGAGGAAGAAACCUGUGAAAGCAGCACAGCUCCCAGAAAGAAAAGUUUCAAAAGAAGGAGAAUCUACUGCCAAAUAACUCAGCACCUUCUGCAGAACCACAUGAUGUGGAAGAAAGUGAUUGAAGAGGAACAGAGUUUAUCAGGCACAGAGAACCAAUCCCUGGACCAGGCCCCUCUGCAGCAUUCCUCGGAGCAGAUCCAGGCUAUCAAGGAGGAAGAGGAAGAGAAGGGGAAGCCAAGAGCAGAGGAGACCCUGGCUCCACAGCCAGACCUGUGACCAUGGGUAGAGCAAGCUGUGUUUGCAGAUAGAAUGACUCGUCUCAGACACUUUCUAAGCCAGCACAACACUUAGACACAACACUGUAGAUUACCAGAAGAUGGGCAAAUGGCUAAAGUGUUUCGGGAAAUCUUCACAUUUUGUGUGUUUAUUUUUACAGUGAGGGACAGCGCUGAAGACUCUAGCUCAAAGAAGCUUUUUCACUUUGCGACACCAGCGUCUAAAGAUUGUUUUAUAAGAAAGAAAUUAUAUGUGUGUGUAUAAAUUCCCACAUAGGCUCAUGUAAGACUCAUAUUCACACUUACACACAUGCACACUGAGAGCCAGGAUGCCUGACUCCACAAGGUAGUAACAGUCAUAUUAAGAUAUAUAGAGGUCACUGUGACAUAAGCAAUCAUAAAGAGCAAGAACUCAUGAGGAAACGUGCAGCUUAGAGAGGAAACAGAUGUAGGCUCCAGACUGGGCACCUUUUGUUCUCCCUGCUGAGGGGUGAACAUUCCAGAAUAUUAUUGGAAUUCUAAUGCAUACUGCCAACUGUGUGUAUGUGAGUGUGUGUGUGUGUGUGUGUGUGUGUGUGUGUGUGUGAAUGAGAGAGAGGGGGAAGAGAAAGGGUGUAGUCUUGUACAUGUGUGUGCAUGAGGAAAGGGAGAUGUUUAUGACUUUAGUUGUUCGUAGAAUAUCUGUAGUGGGUGAUGAAGUACAUGGGAACACACAGAAGGAAAUCCUUUCUGCAGUGUCUGAAUGAAUGGUAGCUCCCGCCCCCUUUAGCUUCUAAGAAGGUUCCUUAGCUGAGGGAGGGUUUGUCUGGGCCAUAUGAUUGGUACCACUGCUGCCUGCCACUUGGGGGCACUCUACCACCAGCCUCACAUUCAGAAGACUAAGGCUUUCUGGUCUACCCUUACUUAAUGAAUGUAUAUGGGGCACAUGUCACUCACCUGGAUCAAUCACCAUGGAAGGGGAUGGUAUUCUUUACUGGUGGACACCCAAGAGGAGCUAGAGUCAGCUCUUCAUCAGGUAAGAGUUCUAACAGGGCACUGGGAAAGUUUCUAUAGCAAUGAUACCCCAUGUCUUCUAAGACAUGAUAUCAUAAAGAAAAAAGUCAACAAAUUCACCAUGGGUUCUGUGACAAAGUGAUGAAGGCAAAAUGUCAACUUAGCGUUUGGAAGUUGGCCUGGGGAAAGCUGCCCCGUGGCAACUGUUGAAGACUGUUUGCUCUGACACCCCCUUAUGGUCUUCCAUACACUGUGUGAAGGCAUAGCAUGGCUUCGCAGCCUGGCCCAUGGUCAUGCUCCUUUUUGAAAGUAAGAUGGGUGGGGGGUUAUUCUUUGAGGAUAGGCUAUUGGAAGGUAUUUGUGUUAUUUUGUUUGUUUUCUACACUUGUUUAUGCUGUGAGCCAAACCUCUAUUUAAAAAGUUGAUACUCACUUUCAAUAUUUUAUUGGGUAUUAUUACAUAUGUCAUGACUAGUUACCAUGAUGUAAAUAUAAAUAAUUUUUUUUGUUUCUGUAGAUAGCAAAGUUUUUUUAAAGAAAAAAUGGGGAAAGGGAAACAUUUUAUAGUUAUAUUUUAAUCACCAUUUUUUAUACAUUGUAGCUAUCUCCAAGCACAGUAGCUGGGUGAUGGUUUACUGUGGAGUUUGAGAGCCCCAGCCAUCUGCCUACUCUAGUUUGAUUCAUAAUCUGAUAGAGUUGUUUGCUGUUAAAUUAAGGCAUUGAAAAGAUAGCAUCUGAAUUAAUUUGAAGUCUUUCCCAGCCUGAUGAAAGCCUUUCUUAAACAAAUUGUUAGCAUUUUUCCUAAACUCUGUUGCUUGUAGUUUCUAGUUCAGUACUGUGUUCGUAGAACUCUAGUCAUAGCCUUUGAGAACUGUGCAUAGAUUUCUACCUUUUCACAUCCUUGAUUAUUUACAUUAAAAAUCCCUUUGUCUCCCAUCCCAAAAAUGUAAAUGAUUAUUUACAUUAAAAAUCCCUUAGUUAUGCACCCUUCCCUUCAAAAGCAUCAUUUUCUGAUAAUUCACAGCAUUUUUUCUCCAUAAUAGGCAAAAAUGAAAUAAAAAACCAAAUAUUUCAGGGCAGAUUUUUUUUAGUUCAGAGGACAAUGCAAAGAGGAUUGGAAGGAUUCAGGCCUCACCCAAACAAUUAGAAUGUGUCUCUCUGUGUUACUGAGUUAAUACCAGGACUUCAGCAGUUAGCAGAUCCAGAAUGUUUUUUCUUUAUUCAUGUUGCCCAUGUGUCUCUGUUCGUAAAUCUAUUCUGAAGCAAGAAUUCUUCUUAAGUGAGGAUUAAAAAAAAUGUAACCCUUGACCUGCAAUAAAAAUGAUAGACAAAGCACCUACAUUCAUAUACCCUUCACUGAGUAGCUCAUCCACAUCUUCAAGUGGGCGCAUGUCUGUAACACAAGUAUAAAUAGUCAAACGAGCUAGGUAUGGAGUGAGGGCAUCAGCAUAUCCAUUAUGAGUGUUUAUAUUGGAAGUGUGAAUAAAGCUGCAGAAUCUGAGUAGGAGUCAGGCUGGUUACAUCAUGAGGGUCUCAGAAAACUGCCUAGUUUUUCUUGUUUUAAAGUACAUGAAGUAACAGGAUAAUGAACAAAGCAUUAGAAACUUUCUGUUCUAGAAUCGUGCUCAUUCAUCCAGGCAGAUUCAUUUUUUUCCCUCAACAAACAAGUUGUUGUUCUACUCAAACCAAAAGACAGCAAACUGAAGGGAAGGGGGGGAAUCCACCAAGUGUGUGACCUAAAGAGCCACCUAAUAAUUCUCAAAUUGUAUCAAAUGACAUCAAAAGUAUUUUCCAUGAAUGAUGUUGUCCACCUUCUUGGUGACAGCAAUAUUACUGUAUUCACCUCCAACUUCAGAGUUAACUUCCUGUGGUGCCAAUGUGUUUGAUGUGACUUACUACAGUUUUAUAUGAGCCUAUAAAGGUGCCAUUCGGUAAACUCAGGUCUCCCAGUGGAGAGGUCUCUACCCACUUAGGGAAAAGAUAGUUUUAGCGAUAGCCAUAAUAUGUCAAUGGUAGGGGAAAUUGGGAACCAGCUGCUCUCUGCAGAGUAAAAGCCUAAGUACGUUCUGCAUGUUAUCCAUGGUAUUUUCAACAUUAUAAUUGAAUGUCUUUAUGGUGAUCAAAGCCAGCUGACCUUUUGAGUAGCAUUUCCUUAGUAGAAAGAACCCUUUUCCUGUUUUACUUAACAGUAAGAAAAAAAUGUACUCAUUUUAUGUAAGACCUGGUUUUGUUCUCAGUAGGACAUGUACUUGGUAGUCAGUAUGUUGUCAUCUCCUGGCAUUAAGAGAAUUGCCUCCUGUUUGAAAAAGUAUCUGCCUUCCUCUAUUGUUGAACCCUGUUCUGUUUGGGUUUUGCUCCAGAAUGAGCAUUAAUCACUGCAGUCCCAGUAAAGCUAAGGAGAAGGAAGGGAAUGCCCUGCAGACUGUUUAGUAGCUGUAGAUAUUUGCAAUUUCCCUGUGUCCUCUGGCCUUUCUUUCCCAGAGAAUUUUCUUGAAGGUAAAAGCUGUGCAAAAGGCGCGAGACUCAGGCCUACUCUUUGUAUGUUAAAUGAUGGAAAAAUAUAAAUUAUUUUCUAAGUAAAAAAAAUAUGAAAAUUGUUGUAAAUAAAGUCUAAAGCUUGAAAUGA